AUGAAUACUAUUCGAUCAACUUGGUACGGUUUGGGCGUACUUUGUGUCGCAGGCGGCGGUGCAUACUAUUUUGCGAAGAAGUCCAUCAACGCCGAUAGAGCUGCACGCUACGACGCUGAACAGAAGAGAAAGGCCCAACAACAACGCCUGGAAGCUAGAUUCUCUUACAAAGACGCCCCUGCUACCAAGACAAAAAAACCCCUGGCCCAAACAGACCCAAACAGUGGGACGCAUAACGCAAAGGGACUCGACCACGCAGGAAGUCCAAGCAGUGAAAUAAGUGAAGAUGCAGCACCGGUAGGCCAUGCGCCUGUUGACACCGAGCAACGAAUGCGGGAAAAGAGCAAAUAUGAAGCUGCAGAACCAUACCGAAGCAAGAAGGGAGACCGAUUCAGCUAG